GGCAGGAGUAGCUUAUCUUCGUUUGCAUUUUGAUACUUCCAGUGUAGCCAUUACCUAUUCCCCUGAACAUCUUUUCAACCAUUCUAGUAACGCUAUUACAACAUUGGACACGGCUUUACCCUUGGGGACCUUUAGUAUUCUGCGUCUUCCUCUACCCCAUCACCACGAUAACAGUGUCAUCUUCAUUUUUAUCUUGUUUUUUACAUCUACCUAGGCAUCAUUCUCCUAGCCAAAAUGAGCGGAACAACGGAACCCAUUCCUUCACCGGCUCAAGGUGUUGGACCAGUUUACCGAUCUGAUAGGGAAAAGCCCACAGCAACAGUGUCCAAGAGCAUAUCCUACGACAACGUCCAUGUUCUUCCUCAGACCCCUCAACUCAUAGCACUAUUGACUAUGAUUAGAGAUCAAAAUACCGGUCGCGCUGAUUUCAUCUUCUAUUCGAACCGAAUAAUCCGCCUCUUGGUAGAAGAAGGACUCAACCAUCUCCCAGUCGUCGAGCAAUCUGUCACUACCCCCGUAGGUCGCUCUUACCUGGGCGUAAAGUUCGAGGGGAAAAUCUGUGGUGUUUCAAUUAUGCGAGCUGGAGAGGCCAUGGAACAGGGGCUGAGAGAUUGCUGCCGUUCUGUGCGAAUAGGCAAGAUUCUCAUACAACGAGAUGAAGAAACGUGCAUGCCGAAACUUUUCUAUGAGAAGCUACCCACUGACAUCUCCAAUCGAUGGGUCCUUCUGCUUGAUCCAAUGUUUGCAACGGGAGGAUCCGCAACACUUGCUGUCGACAUAUUAAAGGCUAAGGGUGUUCCCGAAGAGCGCAUCCUUUUCCUCAACCUCAUCGCAAGCCCCUCGGGUGUCGCAGAUUUCGCCGAACGCUUUCCUAGGCUACGGGUUGUGACGGCCUUUAUCGACCAAGGUCUGGAUGAAAAGAAGUAAGGACACGCCAGUGGGUUUUGAUAACCCCUCUAAUACUAAGACUUUAUAGGUAUAUAAUUCCCGGUCUCGGUGAUUUCGGUGACCGCUAUUAUACCUUAUAAGAGCCGUCCCAGACGGCCCACGGCCCCCUCAAAAAGACCGACAUAAAUCGCAUCAACUGUUUUGCCGGAGCAGCGAUACUUACCAUUGGUGAGGUACGCCCACAUUGCAGUGUAUCCUAUUAGCAGGACAUUGGAUUUCUGGGAAUAGCAGAGCAGGGUGGACGUUCAUAGAGUCUUCAUAUUGUAGGUUGUUUAUCUUUUCGG